CGUCCCGGAAUGUUUCUUUCGUCUCUCGCCAUUUCGCGGAUGAAUCCGUCGGUUCUGCUGAACGGGCGGUCGUCCGUCCCCAGGCGGGGUGGUAUGGAGGUCCAGGGUGAAGACGACGGGUCGGUCCGGUCCGACGGCGUCACGCAGGUGCAUGACAUACCGAUGCAAGUCGUUGUUCGGCCGAUCCCUCCGGUCCUGGAUGAGCGGAAAGUCCAGAGCCUGAUGAAGACGUUAGAGGAGACCACUGACAUCAAAACCGUCCCUCCAAUCGAUGUGCUCUGGGUCAAAGGUAGACAAGGGGGGAAUUACUACUACUCCUUUGGAGGCUGUCACAGGUUUGCUGCAUACCAGAGAUUGAACAUGAAUACAAUUCCAGCCAAGAUCAUCAAAUCAAAUAUUUCAGACCUGAGGACCUACUUGGGUGCCUCGACACCUGAUCUGCUGUGACACUGGCAUAGGUUUGAGCAUUCAGAGAUGUUACACGCUGUGCAUUUGUAUAUCUCAUACAUGGGAAAACUUUCUAUUUCUGUCAAAGAUUAAUAUCCAUCACCAGCAGACGACGACUGCAGAACAAAGUACUUACCAGCAGGGGGAAAUGUAACUCCAGCUGUUGCACACAUUUAUUAUUGUCACGUUGAAUAACCAGUGAUAUGUGAUAAUUACAAUGUGUCAACACACAUAUCUAUAAUUAUAGGUCAGUGAGUGUGUCCAUUUUUGCAGAUUUUACCAAACCGGUAUGUUGCUUUUGAUCAUCUAAACAAUCUUUAAAAUGAGAAUAAAAUUAUUAUGUAUCCAUUACUGACUGUUAUUGCCUGUAAAUAAGAUUGAAAGAUGUAAUGAUGAAGAACUGGUAUGAAUGAAUGAAUAAAUGUGUUGC